AUGGUGGAGAAGCGCUGCCCGCUGCAGAGGGACGGCGUGUACCGUUGGUUCUCGGAGCUGCCGUCGCCGCAGCGCGUGGAGUUCCUGUGCGGCCUGCUGGACCUGUGCAUCCCGCUCGAGUUGCGCUUCCUCGGCUCCUGCCUCGAGGACCUGGCGCGCAAGGACUACCACUCGCUGCGCGACUCGGAGAUCAAGGCCAACAACCCUGCCGACCUGGGCAGCCUCACCAACCUGACGGACGAGGUGGUGCGCAGCAAGCUGCUGGUGUCGCUGGCGCUGCUGGGCUCGGAGCAGCGCGAGGCGGCCGGCGUGCUCUACCGCACGCUCACGCACAUCGACUCCAUCAUCCACAACUAUGGGCUGCAGCUCAACGAGGGCCGCACGGGCGACGAGUUCCUACUGCUCUUCACCAUGGCCUCCAACCACCCGGCCUUCAGCUUCCACCAGAAGCAGGUGCUGCGCCAGGAGCUCACGCAGAUUCAGAGCAGCCUGAGCGGCGGCGGCGGCGGGGGCCACGGGGGCAAGAGCGCGCUGCCCACCUGCCCGUCCUGCCACAAGGUCACUCCAAGAACCGAAACCCCUGUCACCAGUGUCAGUAAUAGUUUGGAGAAUGCACUACGUACGUCAGCACAUUCCACGGAGGAGUCGCUGCCCAAGAGGACUGUGGGAAAACACUCCAAAGUGAGUGUUGAAAAGAUAGACCUGAAGGGAUUAUCACACAAAAAAAAUGAAAGAAAUGUUGAAUGUUCCUUUGAGGUCUUGUGGUCUGACUCUUCAGUAACAUCAGUAACCAAAUCUUCCUCUGAAGUGACUGAAUUUAUUUCAAAGUUAUCUCAGCUAUACCCUGAAGAAAAUUUGGAGAAAUUCAUUCCUUGCUUAGCUGGCCCAGAUUCAUUUUAUGUAGAGCGAAACCACAUGGAUCUGGAAGCGGACCUGAGGUAUUUGGCUUCAUUACCUUCUCACGUACUGAAAAAUGACCAUGUUAAGAAAUUUUUCAGCACUUCAUCUCCCACCCAACAGCUUCAAAGUCCAAGUCCUGGCAACCUUUCCCUUUCUAAAGUUGGUACCAUGAUGGGCGUGUCUGGAAGGCCUGUGUGUGGAGUAGCCGGCAUCCCGUCCUCUCAGAGUGGUGCCCAGCACCACAUACAGCACUCAGCUGGCGCGGCUGCCUUGCCCCACUGCUCCCACACGGGGGGCGGGGGCUCGGCGCUGGCCUACCGCACCCAGAUGGACACUUCGCCUACCAUCCUAAUGCCUUCCAGUCUGCAGACCCCUCAGACCCAGGAGCAAAAUGGGAUUUUAGAUUGGCUGAGGAAACUGCGUUUGCACAAAUACUAUCCCGUCUUCAAACAGCUUACAAUGGAGAAGUUUCUGAGCCUUACGGAAGAAGAUUUAAAUAAAUUUGAAUCCCUUACCAUGGGAGCAAAGAAAAAACUCAAGACUCAACUGGAACUGGAAAAGGAGAAGUCAGAGAAACGGUGCCUGAACCCCUCAGCCCCACCCCCGGUCACCAGCAGUGGAGUGGCCCGUGUGCCCCCCACAAGCCACGUAGGGCCCGUGCAGAAUGUCCGAAGCCCCCACACUGCAGUGCUGCGGGUGGAAGUGGAGCAGCCCCCUCACCAGACGGCCCGGGAAGGCAGCUCCUCAGAGUGCUCCAGCUCUUCCCCCAGCCCGAUGGGGGUGCAGGCCCGGGAAGAGAGCUCAGACAGCGCUGAGGAGAAUGACAGGCGUGUGGAGAUGCACACGGAGGGCUCUGACAAGGAGAAGCCUGUCCUGCUACUGAGUCAUUUCACUUCGAAUUCUGCCAGACCCACGGCCCAGGUUCUCCCUGUGCAGAAUGAGGCGGGCUCCAACCCUUCAGGCCACCACCCCCUGCCUCCACAGAUGAUGACUGCAGCCUCGCACAUUGCACCCAUCAGAAUGCUGAAUUCCGUGCACAAAUCAGAGAGGGGCGGCACGGACAUGAAGCUCCUCUCGUCUUCUAUGCACUCACUGCUGUCUCUAGAAGAAAGGAAUAAAGUCUCUGGACCAAGAAGUGGAAUCAAAGUGGACAAGAGUUUUAGCAAUGCCAUGAUGGAAGUGUUGCCCACGUCUGCCCCCCAUCAGCCCAUGCAAGUCCUCUCUGGACUUGCCGAGAGCAGCUCCGGGUCACCCACCGUCUCCUUUGGUCCCCGAACCAAAGUUGUCCAUGCGUCUGCCCUGGACAGGGUGAUGAAGCCGGCCCAGCAGCCGGCCCUGGUGGUGGAGACUAGCACUGCUGCCGUGGGAACAUCCAGCACGGUCUUCCACGUGGCUCGGCCACCAAUCAAACUUCUGGUGUCUUCAUCUGUCCCUGCGGAUUCUGUCAUUUCUGGACAGACUUCCUGUUCUAAUAACGUGCAGAUCAGUGUGCCCCCUGCAAUAAUAAACCCCCGGACUGCUCUGUACACAGCCAACACCAAAGCUGCCUUCUCUGCAAUGAGCAGUGUGCCUGUGGGCCCCCUGCAGGGCAGCUUCUGUGCGAACAGCAACACUGCCUCCUCCAGUAGCCACCCUUCCCCGUCCUUCCCAAACAUGGCCACUGUGCCCAGCUGCCCAGCCCCCAGCUCCAGCCCUGCGCUCUCCUCGGUCCCUGAAAGCAGUUUCUACAGCAGCAGCAGCAGCAGCAGUGGCAGCGGCUCCCCCGGGAACAUUCCUGCCUCUGCUCAGAACCAUCACCACCACCAUCACCAUCAGCAGCCGCCGGCACCCCCACAGCCCUCCCCAGGCCCGCCACCAGGCUGUGUCGUGUGCACAUCCUGUGGAUGCAGCGGGAGCUGCGGCUCUGGUGGCCUGACCGUCAGCUACGCCAACUAUUUCCAGCACCCGUUCUCGGGGCCAUCUGUCUUCCCCUUCCCCUUCCUGCCCUUCAGCCCUGUGUGUGGCAGCGGCUAUGUGGGCACCCAGCAGUACGGCAACAGCGCCUUCCCGGUUGUGCACUCACCAUAUGGCAGCAGUGUGCCUGCCGAGCCCGUGCUGGGCGGCCAGUCCACAUUCACCGUCCCCCCCAUGCAGAGCUUCAUGGCAGGGGCAGCUGGUGUGUACCAGGCCCAGGGCUUGGUGGGCAGUAGCAAUGGUUCCAGUCACAAAAAGAGCGGCAAUCUCUCAUGUUACAACUGUGGGGCCACCGGUCACCGCGCUCAGGACUGCAAGCAGCCGUCCAUGGACUUCAAUCGGCAAGGUACUUUUAGGUUGAAAUAUGCCCCUCCAGCAGAAAGUCUGGACUCCACAGAUUGA